CCUCCAUAUUUAAGGAGAAUAUGUCUUUAAAGCUUUAUUUGCAAAUUCCAGCCGGUAGACACUUAGGUACACCAACGAUUCUCCGACCUCAACCACAAACAUGUCCGAAAAAGGAGAGCAAAUGCCUAUCAAGGUCGACAGCAAUGUCUCCCACGUUUUCGAAUCAGUGGAUGAAUCAACGGUACCACGCACUUCCUUCCAAAACCUAGUGCAUACUCCUGGAGUCUGGGGUAAGUCUCUUUACAUGAUACAAAACAUUGAUACCUUGUUUGGGAUUGAAACAGGUGGAUUCAAGCGCGUGCUCCCGGAAGCUAGAGAGCCAAACGUCACCAAACAACUCAUUUCAGUGACCGGCUUGUGGUUUUCUGCCUGUGGCGGGCUUACCUCCAUGGAGUCUUUCCUCCUCGGUUCCCUCUUGUUCAAUUUGGGAUUGAAACAGUCCAUGACUGUGGGUAUCAUCACUCAAGCAAUUGGUUGCUUUGUUGCCGCAUAUGCUUCCACUAUGGGUCCAAAGUCCGGAUUAAGACAAAUCGUCUCUACUCGCUUCGUUCUCGGGUGGUGGCUCGUUCGUUUCGGUGCUUUGGUCAACAUCGUUGGGCUCGCUGGUUGGAGUAUUGUUAACGCGGUUAUCGGUGGUCAGAUCUUACAAACCGUCUCGGGCGAUCAAAUUAACUUGGUGUUGGGAAUUGUCUUGCUUUCGGUAUUUGCCUUCCUUGUGGCUGUGUUUGGUAUUAGAUACUUGCUCAAGGUGGAAACUAUCUUUGCAAUUCCCGUUUUUAUCUCGAUCAUAUUGAUGUACGUUGUCUGCUCCGACAAGUACCAGUAUGCCUCCAACACAAACAUGACAUCCAGCCCGAGCGAGCUCGUUGGUAACUCCUUGUCAUAUGCUGCGAUCGGUUAUACCGUUACCGGGUCCUGGAGUGGUAUUACUUCCGAUUACUACGUUCUCUUUCCAGAGAAGACGCCGUCGUCGCACAUUUUUACCGUCACCUUCCUCGGUCUUCUCAUCCCUACCACUUUUGUCGCGGUGAUCGGUACGUAUAUCGGGAACAUUGCGCUCAACUACCCACCGUGGCUAGAUGAGUACAACAUUAAUGGUAUUGGUGGAUUGAUCAACAUAGUCUUUGCUGGUAGAUGGCACGGACUCGGCAAAUUCUUGGUGGUAAUUCUUUUUGUUUCCUUGAUUGCCAAUUCCGUUUUGAACCUAUACAGUUUUGCCUUCAGUGUCCAGAUGACCAUUUCUUACUGCGGGAAGGUUCCGAGAUGGAUGUGGACGUUUGCCAUCUCCGCUAUUACCCUUAUCUGCGCAUUAGCAGGUAGAAACAAAGCCUCUAUUAUUUUGAGCAACAUGUUGCCGAUGUUAGGCUACUGGACAUCCAUGUACAUGACGUUGUUAGCGGAAGAGAACCUCAUUUUCCGCACCAAGUGGUUCCACCACUUGUACACCAAGGAGAACGAAGACAGAAUAGACAGAGAGAAGGCUUCUGGUGAGAUCAGCGCUGUUUCCUACUACAACUGGGCCGUAUGGAACGACCGAACCAAGGUGACUAACGGAUUGGCUGCCGGUGCGGCCAUUUCCUGUGGGAUUGUGGGGGCAGUUUUGGGCAUGGACCAAGUGUACUUUGUCGGGCCGUUAGCUGUCAAGGCUGCUGGUGAUGUGGGUAUCUGGGUGUCGGUGGGAAUGGUAGGAGUCGUCUAUCCUGGGCUUAGAUUCUUGGAGUUGAAGAAAUUUGGGCGUUAGCCCAGAGGUUUGCCGUAAACUAAGAAAUUUCCAAUGAUCUUUAGCGAUCGUGUUUAUUAUGUGAAUGUCUAAAGUUUAUGGAUUGUCUACCGGCAAGAGGUUGGGAACUAUUAGCUUUUUCGCCGAUGUAGUAGAUUAGAUACCCACCAUUGGAAACACAAGACUGAAAUCCAGAUUACACGAUUGGUAAUAACCAGUAUGCCCUCUCCGUAUAUCCAUAUAUUAAAGUUCC